CUACACACGGACCGGACUGACUCGGUGGUCUCCACAACCUCGUCAACACAGACAUUACCAUGGGGUUGAGCCAGUCGGCACCCAAGAUCACUGCUCAUGAUCGGGCGAUUCUCGAGUGCGUGGGCUUUCAUGAUUUCUCAACCAAACGGUAACGCCCAACAAGAGCAUCUACUGCGCAGUCUCAAACUUCAGCGCGAUAAGCUAAAGCAGUACCAGAAGAAGAUACAAGUCGUGCUCGACCGCGAGCAUGAAAUCGCGAAAGCCCAUCUCGCUACCGGUCAGAAGGACCGUGCCGUCAUAGCCCUCCGAAGGCGCAAGUACCAGCAGAGCUUGCUGCUGAAGACCGACAGUCAAUUAGAGAACCUGGAACAAUUGGUGUCGACUAUCGAGUUUUCUUUGGUCGAGGUUUCUGUCCUUCACGGUCUCAAGCAAGGAAAUGAAGUUCUUAAAGAAAUCCAUCGCGAGAUGAGUAUUGAGAGCGUUGAGAAGCUCAUGGAUGAGACGCAAGAAGCGAGAGAGUAUCAGCGAGUAAGUCAUAUUCCGUGCUUCUUGUGCUGUUUUGAGGAUGGUGUACAGGAAAUCGGUGAUUUGCUGGCGAAUCGAUUAACACAUGAUGAGGAGGACUCCGUCCAGGCGGAGCUCCUGGCAUUACAAGGGGAAGCGGUCAGUGCGAACUGUCGGAUAUUAUUUUCCCCCUUUCACAUGAUAUCUAGCUUGGACAAGCUGAACCUAAAGUGCACCUGGAUUUGCCAUCUCCACCUAGGUCGUUGCCGCUUGUUUCAGAAGGUCAGAGUAGUUCACGAUUGUCGGACGGCCUUUAUCCUCAUUUCCAUUUAGAAGCCCAGCAAGUACUCCAAGAGACUAAGAGGGAGCGAGUUCCCUUACCUGGUUAGCACCUGCUAUUUAGCACGCAUAGUAUCACAGAUAUUUUUAUUUUGGCAUUACUCAUAUCCUCAUUCGUGGCCUAGGCCUUCUCCAGACAUUUACAGAUACUACGACACUACAGUAGGAUGACAGUUAAUGAUACAAAUAUUAGACGUCAGACUAGAGCAACAGUAUCGGUCUACUACCAACUGUCAAAGUUUCCGAACCCUAUUUUUCGCUUUUUUUU